UCUCGAUCUCCAAGCUCCCCAAGACGGAGCUGGCCAGGCAGCGAGAGGCGGAGGCGCCGGGAGCCCGCACCGAGCGCCGAGCCGGGCGGAGCGCCGAGCCGCGGGCGCAGGCAGCUCCGGGAUGAUCCGCGACAUCGCCACAAAUCUCUCCGCCCAACCGCUCCGGGGGCUCCGAGGAAGGCAGCGAGUUCGGAGAUCCGGGCCGGGAGCCGAGUGAGGCCGCCGCCCGGCGGGCUGUGGGCGAAUUCAGUUAAACCUUGAAGGAUGAGCAGAAGAGGAGCAGGAGAUUAGAAGGAGAGAAGAGUGUUCCCGAAAGAAGAAAACAUCAUGCACAAAAAAACUGCAAGGCUGUGCCAGGUUCAGGGAGCUGCAGGUGCUUCCACCAGCCUGGAAAGUAGAGGGCAAAGAACAUCUUGGAAAAUGUAUACAAGUCAUGAAGACAUUGGGUAUGAUUUUGAAGAUGACCCCAAAGAUAAGAAAACACUUAAACCCCACCCAGACAUUGAUGGCGGCUGGGCCUGGAUGAUGGUCUUGUCCUCUUUCUUUGUUCACAUCCUCAUCAUGGGCUCCCAGAUGGCCCUGGGUGUCCUCAACGUGGAGUGGCUUGAAGAAUUCCAUCAGAGCCGCGGCCUGACGGCGUGGGUCAGCUCUCUGAGCAUGGGCGUCACCUUGAUUGUGGGACCUUUCAUCGGCUUGUUCAUUAACACCUGUGGGUGCCGCCGGACAGCCAUCAUUGGAGGGCUGCUGAACUCGCUGGGCUGGGUGUUGAGUGCCUACGCUGCGAACGUGUAUUAUCUUUUUAUUACCUUUGGACUGGCAGCUGGCUUCGGCAGCGGGAUGGCCUACCUGCCGGCCGUGGUCAUGGUGGGCAGGUACUUCCAGAAGAGGCGCGCGCUCGCCCAGGGUCUCAGCACCACCGGGACCGGCUUCGGCACGUUCCUCAUGACGGUCUUGCUCAAGUACCUGUGCGCGGAGUACGGCUGGCGGAACGCCAUGUUCAUCCAGGGCGCCGUGUCCCUGAACCUGUGCGUGUGCGGGGCGCUCAUGAGGCCGCUCUCGCCUGGGAUGGACUGCGAUGACCCCGAAGGGAAGGCGCCACACCGCGUCCUGCCGGCUCACUCCACUGAAUCGGUCAGGUCCAGUGGACACCUGGGGGAAGCCGAGGACAAGCCUGGGGGCCCCUGCACCGAGGACACCUCCCUCGGGGACGCGCCCGCCCAGGCGUGCCAGGAGAAAGCCGCACACACAGACAUGUGCGCCUUCCGGCUUCUGAAGACGGUGAGCCAGCUGACCAUGAGGGUCAGGAAGGGCUUCCGGGACUGGUACUCGGGCUAUUUUGGGACAGCCUCGCUCUUUACUAAUCGGAUGUUUGUCGCCUUUAUUUUCUGGGCUCUGUUUGCCUACAGCAGCUUCGUCAUCCCUUUCAUUCACCUCCCAGAAAUAGUCAACUUGUACAAGUUAUCAGAGCAAAAUGAUGUGUUCCCCCUGACUUCGAUCAUAGCCAUAGUUCACAUCUUUGGAAAAGUGGUCCUGGGCGUUGUGGCCGACCUACCCUGCAUCAGCGUGUGGAAUGUCUUCCUGAUGGCCAACUUCACCCUGGUCCUCAGUAUUUUUAUUCUGCCCUUGAUGCACACCUAUGCCGGCCUGGCAGUCAUCUGUGCCCUGAUAGGCUUUUCCAGCGGUUAUUUCUCCCUGAUGCCCGUGGUGACGGAGGACUUGGUGGGGAUUGAGCACCUGGCCAAUGCCUACGGUAUCAUCAUCUGUGCUAACGGCAUCUCUGCGUUGCUGGGACCGCCUUUUGCAGGGUGGAUCUACGACAUCACCCAAAAAUAUGACUUUUCCUUCUAUAUAAGCGGUUUACUCUACAUGAGUCGGUGCCAAGCUCCCUCCCAGGAACCACACAGGCAUCUCAGCAUCAAGUCGCCAGAACUUUGGAUGGUGUCUAUGAGCAUCCGUGCUUGAUCUCAGCUUAUUUGUGCAUCCAUUAGCAAGAUGUGCCCGGAGGUCAUGGCUUCUUUGCUUUAUGCCAUUUCAAUUAAGGUUUCAUAGAAUGCUCUCUGCUUUCAGACGGUGGAGGAAACCUGUAAAUGAAUUUUAAGCACAAGAAAAUGCUAGAAUUCAGAAAUUAUUACAGGGAGCUAUCGCUCUACCAGUGUAAAACAAAGGCAGACCCUAAUUUCAAAGGUAAUGCAUUUAGUACAAUUAAAGAAACACAGUUUAUAUUUUUAUUAAAGAAUUCUACAGCUAGGGCAUACAAUUUCUAAAUCUUUCUCUAAACAUAGCAUUUGCCAUUACUCCUAAUGCAGUAGUAUCUAGUUAUAAACUGAAUCUUGAGGCAAAUCUUAAUAAAUAAAUGAUAUAAAUAAUCUCCUUAGUGAAAGUCUUAUUUGUGCAUAUAACCAUUGAGUCAAGGGCUAAAAUUCAAGCACUUUUAUUCAUUUUAUUGGCCUCUUAGUUUAUCCGCAUGCUCUGGGGCCUAUAAAAAUUUUUUUCUGGGUUUCUCUUACUCAGUAAAUAAAGUAGAAAAUGAAUUGUUGAUUGACAUGUAAAGCUGGUUGUUUAAGUCAUUUGUAAAGCAUGUUACUAAUCCCAAAUAUAAGACUAUCACGUUGUGAGGAUAAUAAACAAAAGGCCCUUGGUCCAAACGUCUGUGCGCCAGACAUUGGAGUGGUGGUGACAAGCAGCCCUUCUCCAAUGCCUCUUGCUGGGCUAUGGGCAGUUCAUUCGCCUGAGCUCAGCACAGUUUUUAAAAUAGUUCUCUUGAUUGAUUUCAUACCGAAGAUAACUAUGAUUCAUGACAUCGAGUAACGCUCUUCCUUUAUCGGAGAUCUCUAUUUUUCUAAGCCAAACAUUUUUCAGACUGCAAAAUGUUCUUCCGAGAAUCGUUUUGAAAUUUCUGGCUGCCUUACUUGUUUACACCUAUUUUAGAACUAUUUAAGUUUUCACUCACGAUUUGCUUAUCACACACACACAAAUAUUUUAAUAUCCUUGCCAGUGUCUUGGGUCAAAUUUAUCUAAAGUGAGUACAGACCAUUCUCAAUUAGCCUUGGUGAUUAGACAGGAAUGGUACUAGAAACUGGAGUCACAGAAUGUUACCCCAGUCUAAUUUUAGCCAGCUGUUUCAGUCUUUUACUCCACCAAACCCUUCAGAGCUGUUAACAAGUGAUUACAUGCACACAUUUCCUUUUUGUUUCAUCUCCAUUAUUUCCUGCUCUAAUGUCUAGUGGGAGGGGUUGUGUAAUGAAAGGGUCCACCAAAAUAACAAUAAUAAUAAAAGGCAGCUAAUGGAAAGGAGGAACAAAAGCAUGGCUAAUAUACCCACACAAUAUUACCUCCAAGGAUUCGAGAAUUGCCUGUAAAUUAUGAUAGAUAAUAAAUUGCAUGUCAUACUCCAUUUGGUCCAACACGACCUGUUUGUUAUCGUGACAGCUUUGGUUGCUAUGAAAAUAACCUACUCUCUGUUUUUGAUAAAGGUAAUCUUCAAUGCUGACACAGUGUUUUUUCUCUCAAUAUAUAUUUACCAUUAAAUUAGGAUGAUUAGAUUGAAAAUCAUGUUGUGGGUUUUAAAACUGACAACACUGCUUCCUUACUUUCAUUUACUGACACGAUCAAAUUAACAAGUUGUUGUUUAGUCACUCAGUCGUGUCUGAUUCCCUGUGAUCCCAUGGACUGCAGCAGGCCAGGCUUCCCUGUCCUUCACUAUCUCCCUGAGUGUGCUCAAAUUCAUGUCCGUUGUGUCGAUGAUGCCAUCCAACCAUCUCAUCCUCCAUCACCCCGUCUCCUCCUGCCCUCAGUCUUUCCCAGCAUCAGGAUCUUUUCCAGUGAAUUUGCUCUUCACAUCAGGUGGCCAAAAUUUUAGAACCUCAGCUUCAGCAUCAGCCCUUCCAAUAAAUGUUCAGGAUUGAUUUCCUUUAGGAUUAACUGGUUUGAUCUUCCUUGCAGUCCAGGGGACUCUCAAGAGUCUUCUCCAGGCAGAGUUAAAUAUUUGGAAUGGUGCUAUAUAGCCAGUGUCAAUGUUUGCACUGUUAGUUGUGCAUCACAAAUACAAACUUUUUAUCCAAUGAUCCAGCUGUGGUUAACUAUCCAAGUUAGACCUGCUCAUGUUCAGUUCAUCCAGUUGUUUGUUGAUUUACUGUAUUUAUGGAAGUGAUGAUUUCUUCCAAAUCAAGUCCUCAUUUUACAAAAACAGAGUAAAUCUUACUUGCAAUAUUCAUGUUGCCAACAGAAAAAAAGAGAAUGCUUGUAAAGAAUUACAGCAAAUACAUUCAUAUAUCCUGUUUAAAAUAUUAUUUACAGUUCUCUGAAGAUAUUAUAAAGAGUUGAUUGUAAUGUUACAUGCUUUAUAGGUUUCCCCUCAUGUAUUCAAAUAAUUUUAUUUACAUAUAACUAAAUAAAUUUUGUCCUCUUUAAAGUUGGUCAGUGAGUUUCUGUACAAAAUCUUUUUUUUCUUGGUUUUAAGAGGAAAAUGCCUAAGUGAUGAUUAUCAGUUUGGUUCUUUCCCUGGAAAAGAGUUUUUCUCUAGGUGUGAUUACCAAACCUGUUUCCCAGGUGGCACAGUGGUAAAGAAUCCACCUGCCAAUGCAGGAGACAUGAGACGUGGCUUCGAUCUCUGGGUAGGGAAGAUCCCCUGGGGUAGGAAAUGGCAACCCACUUCAGUCUUCUUGCCUGAAAAAUCCCAUGAACAGAGGAGCCUAGUGGGGGCUACGUAGAGUUGCAAAGAAUCAGACGUGACUGAGUGACUGAGCGCCAAACCACCUGGAGAAAAUUACCUGACACCAACUAUUAGAAGGGCCAAGUUUAGCUCCAAAAUUUAAAAGGUUAAAAACCUUUUAACUGAGCAACUACGUUUCUAAAGUUUUUUGUACAUGAACAAAGACAAAUGAAUAAGGGUUGUUUGAUUUAUUGUUUGCUAUAUAAAAGACUGGAUAUAAUUUAAAUGUCCAUCAGUGGGAACUGCUUAAUAAAGUAUGGUAUUUAUGCAAAUAUUACAAAGAGACAGAUCCAUCUGUAAAAUUAGAAAACAGUAUUCAAGAUAUAUUGCUAAGAGAAAAAAAUCAAGAUGUGUUUAAUGUACUGCUGAUUACGUUUUUGCUAACUACAAAAAAGGUGAUUCAUGGCUUGUGUCUGUUCAUAUAUAUAUAGAAUAUUUCUGGAAGGAAACACAAAAAAAUCAUUAACAGUGUUCCGCUCUGGGGAGGAAAGUUUGGGUUCUGGGAUGGGACUGACUUUUCCCUUAUACACAGGAUGUUUUUCCAAUUCAAAACUUGUGUCCAAAUUUUUUUUUCGUGUUUCAUCUAUUUAUUUAUUUUUAGGCCACAAGGCAUGUGGGAUCUUUAGUUUCCCAACCAGGGGUCAAACCCACACUCUCUGCAUUGGAAGCAUGGAGUCUUAACAACUGAACUGCCAGGGAAGUCCCCAGAAUUGUUUAAAUGCAGGUUCCUGGAGCUACAUAAAAACCUAGUGGGUUGGAGUCUUGGGGGAUGGGGCCAAUAAAUCUUCCUUGUAGAUAAGCUUAUCAGUUGAUUCUUGUUGUUGUUGACAGUCACUUAGUUGUGUCUGACUCGUUGUGAUCCCAUGGACUGCAGCACUCCAAGCUUCCCUGUCCUUCACCAUCUCCCAGAGCUUGGUCAAACUCAUGUCCAUUGAGUCGGUGACGCCAUCCAACCACCUCCUCCUCUGUCACCACCUUUUCCUCUUACCUUCAAUCUUUCCCAGCAUCAGGGUCUUUUCUAAUAAGUCAGCUCUUUGCCAUCAGGUGGCCAAAGUACUGGAGCUUCAGCUUCAGCAUCAGUCCUUCCAAUGAAUAUUCAGGAUUGAUUUCCUUUAGGAUUGACUGGUUUGAUCUCCUUGCAGUCCAAGGGACUCUCAAGAGUUUUCUCCAAACCACAAUUCAAAAGCAUCAAUUCUUCAAUGCUCAGCCUUCUUUAUGGUCCAGCUCUCACAUCCAUACAUGACUACUGGAAAAACCAUAGCUUUGACUACACGGACCUUUGUUGGCAAAGUAAUGUCUCUGCUUUUUAAUAUGUUGUCUAGGUUUGUCAUAGCUUUUCUUCCAAGAAUCAAGUCUUUUAAUUUCAUGGCUGUAGUCACCAUCUACGCUGAUUAUGGAGCCCAAGAAAAUAAAGUCAGUCACUGUUUUCAUUGUUCCUCCAUCUAUUUGCCAUGAAGUGAUGGGAUCAGAUGCCAUGGUCUUAGUUUUCUGAAUGUUGAAAUUUAAGCCAGCUUUUUCACUCUCCUCUUUCACUUUUACCCAUAGGCUCUUUAGUUCUUCACUUUCUGCCAUCAGGGUGGGAUCAUCUGCAUAUCUGAGGUUAUUGAUAUUUCUCCUGGCAGUCUUGAUUCCAGCUUCUGCUUCAUCCAGCCCAGCACUUCACAUGAUGUACUGAUGUAGUCUUCAUAUAAGUUAAAUAAGCAGGGUGACGAUAUACAGCCUUGACAUACUCCUUCCCCAAUUUGGAACCAGUCUGUUGUGUCCAUGUCCUGUUCUAACUGUUGCCUCUUGACCUGCAUACAGGUUUCUCAGGAGGCAGGUAAAGUGUUUCCAUCUCUUUAAGAAUUUUCCACAGUGUGUUGUGAUCCACACAGUCAAAGGCUUUAGCAUAGUCAAUGAAGAAUAAAUUGAUGUUUUUCUGGAAUUCUCUUGUUUUUUCCUGUGAUCCAACGAAUGUUGACAAUUUAAUCUGUUUCCUUUGCUGUUUCUAAAUCCAGCUUGAACAUUUGGAAUUUCUUGGUUCACAUACUAUUGAAGACUAGCUUGGAGAAUUUUGAGCAUUACUUUGCUAACAUGUGAAAUGAAUGCAAUUGUGCAGUUAUUUGAACAUUCUUUGGCUUUGCCUUUCUUUGGGAUGGGAAUGAAAAUUGACCUUUUCCAGUCCUGCGUACACUGCUGAGUUUUCCAGAUUUUCUGGCAUAUUGAGUGCAGCACUUUCACAGCAUCAUCUUUUAGGAUUUGAAAUAGCUCAGUUGGAAUUCCAUCAGCUCCACUAGCUUUGUUUGUAGUGAUGCUUCCUAAGGCCCACUUGACUUUGCACUCCAGGAUGUCUGGUUCUAGGUGAGUGAUCACACCAUUGUGGUUAUCUGGGUCAUUCAAAUCUUUUUUGUAUAGUUCUUCUGUGUAAUCUUGCCACUUCUUCUUAAUAUCUUCUGCUUCUGUUAGGUCCAUACCAUUUCUGUCCUUUAUUGUGCCAUCUUUGUAUGAAAUGUUCCAUCGGUAUUUAUAAUUUUCUUGAAGAGAUCUCUAGUCUUUCCCAUUCUAUUGUUUUCCUCUAUUUCUUUGCAUUGAUCACUGAGGAAGGCUUUAUCAUCUCUCCUUGCUAUUCUUUGGAAUUCUGCAUUCAGGUGGGUAUAUCUUUCAUUUUCUCCUUUGCCUUUACUUUCUCUGGACUUCCCUGGUGGCUCAGACGGUAAAGCGUCUGCCUGCAAUGCAAGAGAACUGGGUUCAAUAUCUGGGUCAGGAAGAUCCCCUGGAGAAGGAAAUGGCAACCCACUUCAGUACUCUUGCCUGGAAAAUUUCGUGGACUGAGGAGCCUGGUAGGCUACAGUCCACAGGGUUGCAAAGAGUCGUACACGACUGAGCGACUUCACUUUCUUUCUCUCUCUUGUUUCUUAGCUAUUUUUAAGGUCUCUUCAGACAACCAUUUUGCCUUUUUGCAUUUCUUUUUCUUGAUGAUGGUCUUGAUCACCGCUUCCUGCACAGUGUUACAAACCUCUGUCCAUAGUUCUUCAGGCACUCUAUCAGAUCUAAUCCGUUGAAUCUAUCUAAAUCCCUUCCACUGUAAGGGAUUUGAUAUCAGUCAUACUUGAAUGGUCUAGUGGUUUUCCCUGCUUUCUCCAGUUUAAGUCUGAAUUUUUUAAUAAGGAGUUCAUGAUCUGAGCCAGUCAGCUCCCAGUCUUAUUUUUGAGACUGUAUAGAGCUUCUCCAUCUUCAGCUGCAAAGAAUAUAAUCAAUUUUAUUAUGGUAUUGACCAUCUGGUAAUAUCCAUAUGUAGAGUCAUCUCUUAUUUUGCUGGAAGAGAGCGUUUGCUAUGACCAGUGGGUUCUCUUGGCAAAACUCUGUUAGCCUUUGUCCUGCUUCAUUUUGUACUACAAGGCCAAGUGAAAGAAAGUGAAAGUUGCUCAGUCAUGUCUGACUUUUUGUGAACCCAUGGACUAUAGUGUCCAUGGAAUUCUCCAGGCCAGAAUACUGGAGUAGGUAGCCGUUCCCUUCUCCAGGGGAUCUUCCCAACCCAGGGAUUGAACUCAGGUCUCCCACCUUGCAGAUGGAUUCUUUAGCAGCUGAGCCACCAGGGAAGACCAGACUUUCCUGUUACUCCAGGUAUCUCUUGAGUUCCUACUUUUGCAUUCCAGUUCAUUUAUGGUCACUAAAAUUGGAGACCAGCUUUCAGUAUAUUUAAGAGUAACACAUUCCAGGGACUUCUCUGGUGGUCCAGUGGUUAAGACUCCAUGCUUCUACUUCAGGGGCUGUGAGUUUGAUCCCUGGUCAGGAAACUAAGAUCC